CCUCCACUCUAUCCCCCUCCCCUCCCCUCCCCGCCGGUGGCGUGGCGGGCGGGGCGCAGGAACGGAAAGCGGGCUGAGGAGGUGGCCAGUGGGGUCUCGCGCCGAAGAGGCGGUUGACGGUGGCCGUGCCCGAGGAGUGCGGGCGAGUAUCUGCGGAGCGGCGGCGGGCGGGCCGCGGCGUGACCGGGCGACACCGGUGAGUUGCGAAGUGUCCUGUACCGGGCGUGUGACAGAAGCGUCCUGCCCGCGGGGGCUGCCACACCCGGCGCGGCGGUGGGCGCGCCUCGGACAGGUCCGUAACCGGGAGUAAGAGGCGGGGCGCCCGCGUGGGAACUCUUGGGCCGGGACCGUUUCCUCAGGGUACCCUCACGCUGUCUUUACGCGGUGGUUAGAUGUUAACUCAGCGGCUCUGGGGGAGGUGCGGGGCUCCGUGGCGGUCGGAGCGCACGCCGCUUGGCGCCUCCGCCAGCCCGGGCGUGCGGUUAUGGUGCUCGGGAGUGUGGGUUCCUACCCGGGUCUGGUGGUGCCUUGAGGGAAGCAUGCCUCAGCUGUUAACCCUGUGCUGGACCCUUGUCACGCCAUGCUGUUAAAAACAGGGUGAUAGCAAGUCUGCGUUAGAGUUAUCACAGGUUUAUGUUCUGUUUAAAGAUGCUAAACUGAGCCCGGGUAGAGUCAUUUAGGAUUUUUGUGUUGCAACACUGAUGACAAAUUUGCUUUUGCAAUUCAUGUUAUACAUUAGUGAAGGGGGAGGAGGAGUUGGGGAGUUUUUUAAUCCUGGUGGUUUUUUGGCUGAAACUGGGACUAACUUUCACAUACGCAAUGACGUAAAUUAAAGUCCAAAGCUCAACAUGUGUCCAGAUUUUAUUUUGUUUGUUAUCUAGCUUUUUUUGUGGGACAAAGGCUAGACCUCUGGAGCACAAAUCUUACUGAUGGUUUUUAGAAAAAACUUGUUUUUUUUCAAAUGGAGCGAGCAUCGUGAUUUCCUGAGAAAAGAUCAUCUGUUUACACUCUAUGAAUAGAUAGCUGAUACCAUAAACACGUGAUAAAUCACUGAACUUGAAAUUACAAUAUUCUUAAAAAACCCCCUCAUGCUAACCUAUAAAACUUGCCAGUGCUAGCUACUGUAGGUAUGCAGCACCAUUGUAGAGCAAUGGCUGUAAUACUGAUGAUGACUUGAACUGGUCAUUAUGUCUUUUCUAAUAAAUUUUUUUAAAUUUUUUAACAGAAAAAGCAUAUAGAGCAACCAUGCAAAGAUCACAUCACAGACCUGAACUUCCAGUCAUUACACCAAGUGCAAAAGGAUAUUAUUAUUUUUAAAUGUUACUUUGACAAAAAUAGUGUGAUUUUACUUUCAUAUUGAUGCCCUGUAACAGUCUUUUUUUGUAGCAUAGUAUUGAUGAUUGUUUGUCAGGAAGAGGAGAUGGUGUUACCUACUCAGUCCUUUCAGGUCUUAGGUGUCAUAGGCCUUAUCUCGUUAAGUGUGACCUAGGAGGACAGAGCAGGUGAAAAACAGGGUGUUUGCAUGCCAUUGAAUAGUUAUUAAUUGGUGUGUGCUCAUGGAAAACAAUGUUUGACAAAUGUUAAACUGCUUUGACAAACUCUGUAGACUAGUGCUGUCGCAAGAGAAGUAGCCUCGUUACUACUACCUGUCCUGCUACACCAUACCUUUGCAGGCACGGGUAACUGGAUGGUAAACUGUAGGGAAUUUGUUCAGCUGAAAACCAAGUCUUCCCCUCCCUUUACAGAACUGUUUUUCAGCUGAAGUAGUUUUACAGUUCACUAUGGGUUCUGCAGACACUUGCUCCAGGAGAAAGUUCUAGGAAAAGAGCCAGGGAAAGACAAGAUAGUGUCUGCUGGUAGCUCUGACUGCUGAGUGUGUUCAGCCACCCGGAGCUGCAGGGUUGGUUUCUUGGCAGCACCAGGAAUAUGGGUAGACAAAUGUAACCUUUUUCAGACUUUCCGUUUUUGAUCUUUCCUGUAGAAGAUCAAGUGCUAUCUGGUCCUUCACAGUGCUAAGUCAGCUAGGAUGGCUUAAACUGACUUUACAGAUUAUUCUGUGUUGGAGCAGAGGAGGAGCACUUGUAUGUUCUGUGAUGUUAACUCUGACAAGGGAGUGGUGAAUUCUUAUGUUGCUGAGACCAAAUUCAUAAAACAGUAUUUUAACAUAGGGUUUCUUAUAACCAUUAAUGAAAUUUUUAAAACAUCUUUCUCCUCAGCAUGUCUCUUGUUUCUUUUUCAAGCUUUUUUUGUGUGUUUGUUUUGCCACCACAGCUUCUGUUUACUUAGUCUUUUUUAUAUUGUUAAUGCUUGAGUUAGCGAUUGUGCUUUUCUUUAGGGACUCCUGUGAUGUUAAUAUUGGUAGAACUCUCAGAGUUUCGCCAAGAUGACAAAAAUACUUUCUAAGUGAAAAGGAAGAACUGACAAGAAAAUAAACUAUGAAAGUAUGGGUUAUUGGCCUUGGAGGUGUAACAAAUGGGGGGAAAACAACGCUGGCAGGAAAGCUUAAGAAAAUGCUUCCCAACUGUGAUAUAAUCUCUCAAGAUGACUUCUUUAAGCCAGAGUCUGAAGUAGAAACAGAUGAACGUGGAUUUAAGCUAUAUGAUGUACUUGAUGCCCUCUAUAUGGAUGAAAUGGUGAAAAGUAUUCACGAUUGGAUAAAAAGCCCAACAAGCUCAGGUGCUGGGACAGAAAAGCCACAGAAUACAUGUGACAAUCUGAAAAAUACCGAAGAUGUUUAUAUUUUGAUUGUCGAAGGCUUUCUGCUAUACAAUUAUGAGCCACUUAAUGAUCUGUGGAAUAGAAGAUAUUUUUUGACCCUUCCUUACGAAGAGUGCAAAAGGAGAAGGAGCACCAGAGUCUAUCAGCCAGCAGAUACACCGGGGUACUUCGAUGGACACGUGUGGCCUAUGUAUCUGAAAUAUAAAAAUGAAUUGGAAGAGAAUGCAAGUAAUGUUGUUUAUUUGGAUGGAACAAAAUCACAAGAGGAGCUUUUAUCUUUUGUGUAUAGUGAUACAAUGCAAGAAUUAAAAAAGCUGAGGGAAGGAAAACGAAUAUGCAUGAACGAGUGAACAGAACAGAGAGGCAGUUUAAAUCUCUCCCAGCUAACCAACAGAGUCUUCUUCCUCAAUUCCUUCCUCACCUUGACAAGAUUCGGAAGUGCAUUGAUCAUAAUCAACAGAUACUACAGACCAUUGUGAAUGACUGUGCUCAUAUGUUUGAAAAUAAAGAAUAUGGAGAAGAUGGAAGAGGGAAGAUUACACCAGCUUCAACUUUUGACAUGGAUAAAUUAAAAUCCACUUUGAAACAAUUUGUGAGAGACUGGAGCGAAGAGGGAAAGCCUGAGAGAGAUUCCUGCUACCAGCCAAUCAUUAGUGAAAUUGUAAAGAACUUUCCGAAAGAAAGAUGGGAUAUCUCCAAAGUUAAUAUCCUGGUACCUGGUGCUGGGCUAGGUAGAUUGGCGUGGGAAAUAGCUAUGCUCGGUUAUGCUUGCCAAGGAAAUGAAUGGAGCCUCUUUAUGCUCUUUUCUUCUAACUUUGUACUCAACAGAUGCUCUGAAAUUAACUCGUGUAAGCUUUAUCCCUGGAUUCAUCAGUUUAGCAAUAACAGAAGAUCUGCUGACCAGAUACGUCCAAUUUAUUUCCCUGAUGUUGACCCUCACAGUCUUCCUUCUGGUUCGAACUUCUCUAUGACAGCAGGGGAUUUUCAAGAAAUUUAUUCCGAGUGCAAUACCUGGGACUGCAUAGCAACUUGCUUUUUCAUAGACACAGCACAUAACGUUAUUGAUUAUAUUGAUACUAUAUGGAAAAUACUAAAGCCUGGAGGAGUAUGGAUAAACGUAGGUCCUCUCCUUUAUCACUUUGAAAACUUGGGAAAUGAACUUUCUAUAGAAUUAAGCUAUGAGGAUAUAAAAAAUGUUAUACUGCAAUAUGGAUUCCAUAUAGAGGUGGAGAAAGAAUCUGUACUGACAACUUACACUGUGAAUGAACUCUCCAUGAUGAAAUACUACUAUGAAUGUGUGUUGUUUGUGGUGAGAAAACCAGAAUAAAAGUGGUCUGAAUACAUUAAUCAGAAAAAAAAAGAGAAUGAAGUGGACUGGGGGAUGUCUGGACACAACCUCAAAUCAGUGGUGCCUUCUUAAUGGGAUUUAGAUAGUGUCUAUUUUCUUAAUGUCUCUGUUGCUCUCCAGACAUGUACUAUGCCAUACACAUUUGUAAUAUACUCAUGAAAAAGGAGGAGGAAAUACUGACAUACACUGUCUUUAUGUUUAGAAUGCAUUAAAAAUAGAAGCAAAAGUGGUUUCUUGGGAAUAAAAUGUAACAUUUGCCAUAACCAGGCUGAUUCUCCACAUAUGCUGCCUCAUUUUUAAUGGAUUUAUAAUUAUUUUCUUUACUUAAUGAUGUUAGGAAUGCAUAGUGGUGCUUACUGUACUAGCUGUGUCACAUUUAGAAAAGUAUUUCUAAAUAUAUACUUAAAUUAUGAAGUCUGAAACGUUUGGAAAAUGAUAAAAUUAUUCUUGAUAGAUACAGUAGCCAUCAGAACUGUUGCAGCAUUUUCUGUAGAACUGAAAAAAAGUAGAUGAUUAUAAAAAUCCUAAUCUUUGUACCAUUGUUAACAAUUUAAUCAAAAUAAAGAACCUGUACGCAAUUUGAAACACUGUGUGAAAGCAGAGUACUGAGUAAAGGAGAAGCAGCAUAUCACAGAGAAGCGGUUUGUUAACAUCAGUUCAGGAAUAACACCAAUUUUGAUUAAUGUCUUAGUGUUGAAACUGAAAUACGUUAGGUGCUGUCUUAAAAUAUAUUGAUAUUGAGUCACCUACUUCCUGCUUAAGACAAAACAGUGAAGCAGUAAUUUUUCACUAAGCAUAAUUAACAGAAGGUCAGGUUAUACCUUGAUCUCUUUCCUUUUUUUGAAGGUGGUAACAUAGGUGAGUUAUUAACACUGUUUGUAGGUAGUACCACAGAAAAAUCUGUUUCUCAAAGGGGAAAAAAAAAUUACCUGUAAAUAUUGUGUUCUGUAACCUAAUCAUCUCUACCAGCAUGUGCAGGCCAGUUGGUAAAGCAGUUUCUUUGUAACUACAGGCACUUUACCACUGUGACUUUAGUAACUUCUUGAUUCCUUAUCCUACUUUAUUUUUUCCUCAGCAGAUGUGGCUGAGGUGAUAAUUUACAGAUUUUGAUAUUAUACGAGAGUAUGAAUCUUCUGUCAGUCAGAAAUUAUGUAAAUGAGAAAACAUAAAUUAAUAACUACUGAGAGGAGGUAUCAUGUGAGCCAUUUUGUUUUCUUAAUAUAUUGAUUACCAUAAGUAUCAUUUUCAAAAAUUUCUUCAAAAUAUAAAAAUGUCAUGAUAAGGAAUCAAGGGGCUUUUCGUAUUUGAUCAUAAUGGCACUGGACAGUAGCUUGUUUGUUUCCCAUUAGUUCUAAUGCUUUUUUCAUGGCGGUGUCCUAGUCACAACUCUUUGAUCGAUCUAUUACUGGCUUUGAGAUUUUUUUCCAUUAAGGCCAGAAAUUUGUGCCUUUGUUCUGAAAUUGAAAGUCUGCAAGGAGGGAAAACACAAACUUUUUUUAUAGUUUCAACACUGCGUAAGAAAACACAUGCCUGAGUAUGUUCAGUACUGUACCUCUUUCUGCUCAGAAUUAUUGUUGAGGAUAAAGGCUUCUUGACUAUAGAAGUUUUCGAUUAGAGCUUUGCUUAAAAUAGUCGUACUGUGUCUUCUUCCUAGAAGUGCACCACUGAGAUUUAACUCCAUAAAUGAACUGUCAGCGUUCUACCCUGCUCCAAGAAAAACGUGUUUGCAACACUGCCAUUGCAACAAGUAGAUAAAUUAUAAAAACCCUUGCACACCUAAAAAUAAAAGUUGCUUUAAUUUCUUUAUUUUACUAUUUAUUUUUGAGGGACUUGGUGAUUCUUUGUGUUCAUUCUGAUUUUUUUUUUCUGUAGAUAGAACAUGGUUAGUAUUUUACUUUAUUUUCAAAGUCCUUGAAAUAAAAUGAGAUUAGGCAACUGUGGAUUAUGCUUUUGCUGAGUAGCCUGUAGAUCUGUAAUAUUGCCCAGUUUCUGCCUCCUAUGCAGUCUGUAGUUGAAAUGUGAUUUUCUUGUUCUUCAUGAAUAGGCAAUUGCACUCUUGCUUUUGGGUUGAAUGUUAAUAUCCUCUGUUCUGCCGGUUUUGUUCUUGGCCACCUCUCAUUGUCAUAAGUGCCAUUUUUGUGUUAUUUUUAGGAAAUGUUUUUUUUUAGUUAUGUCAGCUUUAUAGUGAUGUGCUUUCAUUUCUCAUCUAGAAAAUGCCGGUUUUCCCCCCAGUGUUUUCCGUUUAAAAUUUAACAGUUGCAUUAAGAGAUGGAAGCAGAAUAGUUUUGUGAAUUAACUUCAUGAGUAGUGUUUUACCUGCAGUACUAUUUACAAAUUAUGAACUUGAAGAAUUUAUAUCUUUAUGCAUGGGGAUAAUUGUGUAUUAUUGACUGUGAUCAUAUUCCUAUUUUGAAUUGUAUACAUGGGGGAAAAAAAAUGCUUAAGGUGUUUGUCAGCUGAAGCCGAGACCAUUUCAUUGAGGUUGCUAUUAAACCGCACAUGGUAUUGGGUGUGAAAUAAAAUGCUGCAUACUCUUCGGUGUGAUACUUCUUUCUAUGGAGCAAAUUUGACAAAUGUAAGGUGUCCUGUAUUUUUAUUUAUAUAUAGUAUGCUCUUAAAUCAGUUAUGAAGGAAAGAAUGGGAAGUGUUGUGUCUGCGUGAGCUUCCCCCCGUUUUCAGUGUCUGUAACAGACUUGAUUUUUCUUGGAUAUUAAAGUUUGCGGUCUGACUUGUA